AUGCCUGUCGCAGGAAGCUUUUUUGAGUGCACAGCAACGAUUGAUGAUGUUGUGCAUGGCUCAUCUUGGUAUCGUGCAAAGAUCUCUGUUUAUGACAAUAGUGAGCAGGGUGUUUUUGUUCUACUUGGUGAUGCUGGUCUUCAGUUUAUUGGGAAGCAUGCAUCAGAAUUAGUUGAAAGCUACUAUGAGACUAAUGAAGAACAAGGGGUUGAUCAUGUGGUGCCUGUUCCACAAGAUUUGAUUAAUGCCAUUGGACAAACACAUAGGUUCAUUGUGAAGGUUUCCAAGCGAAACUUCACAGACAAUACUCGAGACAUAACUGUCACAGAUAUCAUCUCCAAAGAAGCUCCUCCAUCUCUAACCACCUCAGCUGAAAACCCCCAUUGCUCCAGCUUCUGA